CUUUCGAGGAAAUCCCAUYCUCGAUAAUUGUAMUGUCUUGUYUCACAAUAUUUUGUAACUCGAUCGAAGUUGCACUCGGUAGACUUGAAUUUCAUCAUGUGCAAACCUGAGAUUUCGAACGAGAAGGCUWUCGAAGCCAUGGGAGGUCAAUUCUGUGUCAAAGAUUUGGCGGAAGAAGACAAAUGGUUAGCAACUUUCGACUUUCCUGCCUUUUCGAAAGAAAUUAAGGAGUUAGGGAAGAAACUAGAGAAGGAACAAGGCCCUGACGAUGUUGCCCACCUAAACAAAAUGAUAGGGUGGUCCAACAGGUUCGCUGCGAUCGGUCUUCUCACCAUGGGUUUCGGGGUGAAUCCUAUUACGGUUAUCUGUUUGUCGUUGUACACUUUCUCGCGGUGGACCAUGAUCGCACAUCACGUAUGCCACGGUGGGUAUGAGAAGUGCCAUCCCAACAAGAGCCGAUGGUCUCGAUUCAAGUUCGGGAUUGGUACUUUUUGGCGCAGAUUUAACGACUGGUUUGAUUGGAUGAUGCCGGAGGCGUGGAAUGUAGAGCACAACACCCGGUAAGUUUGCUCGAGGAGUGCUAGCAGGAAGACAUCGUUGCGACAUCGUUGAGAAGCGUGGGCGUGGGAACUGCUAAAAUGUUGUCUGAAUGAAGUCUCUCACGCAAUUUCUUGUGGUCCGGCUCAAACUUGAUUCUGGUCGAUUCCUCUCACUGGUCCAAAAUCCACAGCCACCACUACAAUCUUUCCGAGAUUCACGAUCCUGAUCUAGUGGAGGAAAACGCCGCCAUGUUGCGCAACCCAAACUUGCCCAUUGUUGUCAAGUAUGUCGGUGUGGUGUUCCUUGCAUUGUUCUGGAAGUGGUUUUAUUACGCACCCAAYACUUAUAAGGAACUCAAACUAGCCAAGAUGAGACGCGAAGGAAAAAAGAUCCCCGAUGACGUCGAUCCUGCUGGAGCCGUGACAAUUCGUUCCUGCUUAAUGGGGACCAACUUCUUCUACUCCUUCGCUGAGUUGUUGGCUGUCGUUCUAUUGCCAUACCUUGUGUUCCAUUUCUUCAUUACMCCUCUUCCCUAUUUAUUUUUGGGCAAGCAUUUUGGAUACGAAGACACCCUGUACUGGAACGCUGUCAAGAAUCUCUUUCUGGCUGAACUCUUGACCAACGCCCAUGGAUUUUUGGCUGUUGUGACCAACCACGCUGGAGACGAUAUGUAUCGCUUCCGCAAGGGAUGCCGACCCUUUUCUGGAUCUUUCUUCCUCCGUCAAGUCCUCGCGAGUGUCAACUUCAGCAUGGGGACCGAUGCYGUGGACUUCUUUCACGGGUGGUUGAACUAUCAGAUUGAACAUCACAUGUGGCCCAACCUUUCAAUGCUUAGUUAUCAGAAAUCGGCCCCACUCGUUGAGGAGAUCUGCCGCAGGCACAACGUGCCAUACAUCAAACAAAACGUCUUCUGGCGGCUGAAGAAGACCGUAGAUAUCAUAGUGGGCAAUACGUCUAUGAGAUGGUUUCCUGAAGAUUUCGAGGACAAAUUCCUCGACACUGAUUUGAAGGUCGAGAAGGCAGCAUACAAAUCUGAAUAGUCGGUUUGGAGCCAAGAGAUAUACAGUACUUGUUAAACUACACUACGAAGUAUUAUUAUGAUCAAAAUUACAGGGGUAUUUUUGUUUUUCUUCCGAGACUGGUCAAAGCGCCAGC